AUGAAUCCUCAAACGGCCAAUAGACUGGCAUAUCAGAGGCCAUUCCCAAAAAGAAUUAUCAAUGAGCACCCCCUUCCGAGGAAUUACAGACCACCCGAUUUUCAUUCUUUUUCAGGAGAGGAUGGAGCCUCAACCAUUGAGCAUGUGGGAUGCUUCACGGCUCAAUUGGGGGAAGUGGGCAAUAAUUCGUUUUACAAAUUACAGUUGUUUGGAUUAUCGCUCACAAGAACCGUUUUUUCAUGGUUCCCUAAUCUACCGCCAGGACAGUUGCAAACUUGGGAAGGUCUGGAGGCCGCAUUCCAUGCAAGAUUCCUUAAUCCACUCCCGAAGGUCCCACUCACAGAUCUCUUAGAGAUCCGGCAGAUACCAGAAGAGACUGCUUAUCAAUUUAUAGAGCGGAUACGUCUAAUGAAGGAACGGUGCCCGACAAUCAUUGAAGAAAGCGAGAUGACCAAUUUAGUGGUCAGGAAUAUGCAUACAAGACUACGGAAGGCAUUGACAGCCCACGAUGUUCAGGAUCCGGCCAGUUUGGCUUCCAAAGAAGGAAGGCUAGAAUCUCUUUUUAGAGAAAAAGAUCAUAAUUUCCGACGGAACAGGGUCCAACAGAUGGCCAGUGUCGAUACAGAAAUGUAUGCGCCAGAUGAUGAGCAGGGAAACAGCAUUGAAGAAAUGGCAGCUGAAAUUGUAAACGGCAAGCCUUUUGUGUGUUCCAAACUGAAGCCCCUUCCGGAGACUGAAGAGAAGCAACAACCGACUUUUGAUGCGUCUAAAGCAGACGAAAUUUUUUGA